AUGUGGGUCUCUUCUGGCAAUUCACAGGAAACUGCGGAGGACACAGAUCUUGGAUACAUGCCUGCCACGCCGAGCAUUUGCAUAAAAGGACUGAGCCUUUUUAUGUCCGCGGAAUUCACCGUGUGCAUAGAUGGAAUCGCCUUGACCACUACGUGCAACAGAGCUGUUGCAUCGAAGCUUAUGUUCCUACUGUACUUCGAGCUCAAUGCGGAGUAUCCGCCUGAAGUAGCCCUGACAAUGGAGUUUGUUCAGAGGGCCAUCGCUGGUAUCAAUCCAGAUAAAAGCUCAAAGGCUCGGAAAACAUCAAGGAAACAGCAUAGUCUCUCACCAAAAGUGGCGGCUUUGGCAAAUGCCAGGGAUGGCCGCUUGGGUACUUCUAGGCCUCCUCUGCACAGUUUUGCGUCGAGACCGAAGGACAUCAUAAAGCGUCUCCAAGUCAAGGUUUCAAAGUACCCAAAGACCAUCGCAAGGCUGCGCAAGCAAGAGGAGAAUAUGCCUCCAUCAGCUUCGGAAGGUCUCGGCAUCAUUCUCUCUCACGUGACAGACGAGUCGGCGCAUACUAAGAUGAUGGCUGUCGUAUGUCAAAACGACACCUGGAAUUAUACCAGGCAUUAUGUCAUCGAUCUUUACAAAAACGCAAUCACGGAGUAA